AUGUCAAUUUUCGUGCGAUUCUUUGACAUUGAAAAUAAAGUGUUUAGAGAAGAGUUACUAGCAAUAUUGACAUUUGAAGGCAAGACUCGUGGAGAAGAUUUAUUUAAGAGUUUUGAUGACUUCAUGAAAAAAUCGGAUUUGAGUUAUGAUAAAAUUGUGUCAAUUUCCACUGAUGGAGCUCCAGCGAUGAUGGGAAAAGAAAAAGGAUUAUUAAAAAGAAUCCGUGAUAAUAAUUCCGGGAUAUUAACUUAUCAAUGCAUAAUUCACCAAACAUUGCUUUGUAGUAAACUCAGUGCUACACUGAAAGACGUUAUGGACGGUUUGAUCAAGUUAAUCAAUUUUAUCAGGUUGCGUUCUUCUCUUCAACACAAACAGUUCAAAGAGUUUCUGUGUCAAUUUGAUUCGACUUAUUCAGAUUUACUACAACACAAUCAUGUUCAUUGGCUCAGUAAAGGUCGAGUAGUUGAACGUUUUUGGAACAUUAAAGAAGAAGUAAAAACAUUCCUAAAAAAUGUAGGUACUGAAGAAGCAAAGAAGCAUUCGGAUUUCUUAGAAAACAAUCGAAACAUAGUUACAAUGACUUUCUUAAAUGUCAUUUUGAAGUAUUUAAAUACGCUUAAUGUCGAAUUACAAGGAGAAGGGAAAUUAAUAUGUGAUUUUAAUACAAAUUUUUUGUCAGAUCUUAUGAAGGAAUUCGAUGCUAGAUUCAAAGACUUUUCUGAAAUAGGAAAACUAUCACAAUUCUUAAAAACCCCUUACGAUGUUCUCCCAGACGGAGAAUGGACUGAUGUAGCUAAAAAAUUAUUUAAUCUUUCAAAGUCAAAACUCCAAAUGGAAAUAAUAGACCUACAGGAAGAUGUUUCCUUGAAGCAGUACAGAAGUGCGUCAACUGAAGAAUUCUGGGCUAAAGAUGCCAUUGACAAGUAUUCAAACUGUAAGCAACUGGCAAUCAACUUGGCUACGAUGUUUGGUUCGACAUACAUUUGUGAGGCAUCGUUUUCAAAAAUUAAUUUUUUGAAAAACAAAUAUCGGACAAAAUUAACAGACUCUCACCUUGAGGACACAUUGCACAUAAGCUGUUCUCCACGAGUUUCCGAUUUCAAAAAGCUGGCUAAGGAAAAGAAAUGCAAUUUUUAG